AUGGGACGCCCCAACCUGCUGCCUGUCUUCCUGUUCUCACUGCUGUGGGUGACAGGAGCCCCGUUCCGGAUCUGUGCCUUCAACACUCAGCGUUUUGCCCAAGGGAAGGCGGACAAAGCAGACGUCAUGGGCGUUUUUGUCAAGAUUCUGUCUCGUUGCGAUAUCACUGUACUGCAAGAGGUGAUGGAUGCAAAAGGGAAGGCCGUUCCCGCCUUGGUGGCAGCACUGAACAGUUUUGAUAGUUCUGGACCCUAUAACUACCUCACCAGCCCUCUUCUAGGUCGGAGCAAUUACCAAGAACGCUACGUGUUCGUAUACAGAGCUCACAAAACUCGGUUGUUGGAUUCCUACACAUACGAGGACAAUCACCCAGACCGGCCCGAUGUCUUUGCGAGGGAGCCCUUCAUUGUCCGCUUCACGGUGCCGAGCAAAGCACUCCCCGAUGUGGUGCUGAUCCCACAGCACACAAUGCCCUCUAAGGCAGAAGCCGAAAUCGACGCUCUCUAUGAUGUCUUCCUGAAUGUGCGGUCACGCUGGAACACGGAGGAUAUGAUUUUCCUGGGCGAUUUCAAUGCUGACUGCGGCUUCGUGGCCAAGAAGCGCUGGGGGCAAAUCCGCCUGCGCCAGCAGCCUGGCUUUCAUUGGCUCAUCGGGGAUAAAGCUGAUACCACUGUUCGAGAAAACACCCGCUGCGCCUAUGACAGGAUCGUGGUGCACGGAGAACGUUGCCUGGGCACGGUUGUACCUGGAUCAGCUCGGCCAUUCGACUUCCCCAAGGAAUAUGGGCUCUCCGAGGCAGAGGCACUGAAGGUCAGCGACCACUACCCCAUCGAAGUGGAUUUGAACACAGCCUGUCACGGAUUCCAGCCCACCGGUUUUGUGCUGCUGGCAUUAGCUAUUUUCUCCAGCUUGGGAUACAGAGUCUGA